AUGGCGACGACGCGAGCGACGCCGUUGGCGUCCGCGCGCGCGCGCGUGCGCGCGCGCGCGCGUGGGCGGGAGCGCGGGCGAACGCGACGAUGGGGGAUGAUGAGGCUGGCGAUGGACGCGCGAGGGACGCGGCUGGCGACGACGACGCGGUCGAGGGGUGGGAACGAGGGUGGGGCGGAGGAGGAGAUGACGCCCGAGGACGUGUUCGAGGCGGCGGCGAGGGAGAUGGAGGCGGAGGACGCGCGAGAGCGGGUGCUGUCGGAGACGGUGGUGAAGAAGGCGACGACGCGGGCGACGACGCGGUCGAAGCCGAUGGGCGUCGUCGAUGCGGUGAGGAAUCCGGAAAAUAUCGUCAAGGCGUUGGUGGCGUCGUUGUCGGCGGGCGUCGUCGCGACGCUCGCGCGGGACGCGGGGUCCACGGCGGUGGGCGUGGGCGUCGCCGUCGUCGUCAUCAAGGCGCUCGAAACCUUGUUCAGGGACCCGGACGCGCCCAAGGUGAGCUUUCAGGACUCGAUGAAGAACGAUCUGAAGCCUCUGAAGAAGUUCACGACGAGCGCGUCCGUGAUGGCGAGAGGGGUGGCCGAUUCGUUUGACGAGGUUUUCAGUGGCGAAGGCGGGCUCUCGUUCGGCGGCGCCGCGGAGGUUGCUGAACCGACCGUCCCGGCCCAGAAAACCACGGUCACCGACACCGCUGAGAUCACCAAGACCUUGAUCACCGAGAUGAAGGUGGAGACGAAUGAGAUGGUCGAGGAGGUCAACCCUACCAUCGCCUCCACGCCGGCGAAGACAAAGGACGAGGCUACAUGGAUGAACGCACUGCUGAACAUGAGCUAUAGCGAGCAAGUGAUCGAAGACAUUCGAGUGAUGGACGCGAACUCGGUCGAGGCGGCGAAUUCGAAGCGUCUCGGAUACAAAUUCACCCCAGCUGAGCCGCAAAAGAUGCCGACGACGGAGUACUCGUGGGCGUCUGAGGAACGGGACUACGACGUCGAGAGGUACGAAGGGAUGGAUCGCGCGGGUGCGUUGUCUGCUCAGGUGAGCUCUGUGCAAACGACGACCACUUCGACGGCCGUCGCGGUGGAAGCAAAGUCCGCGAAGACCACAGCGGGCGUGGAGCCUGGCGAGUUGAUAGCUACCAUGAACGAAGCUGAUGGAGAUUACUCGUCCUUCCGCAAUCGCACUCGCUCAGCGCUCGGUUUGCCGCAGAUUCAAGAAGAAGAGAACAAGCAAGAAAAGAAUAACACCGCCGCACGAAAGUUCUCUUGGCAAAAGGCGAUGAAUAUCAUCGUUAAACUUCUCAUUUUUGCCAUCGUGGCGGCUCUCGCUCACGGCGUGCGUCGUCAGUUCCUCGCAUAA